AUGGCCAUGCAAGCACAGAAGAUGAGGUGUGCUUGGGGCAGGCUUUGCCUGCUUCUCUCCCUCCUCCAGCUGCCAGGCUCCCAGGCCAAGUGCUACUUCCAGGCUAAAGCUUCCUGUGAAUACGAAGGGAAACAGUUCUCCAUUGGGGAAUCGUGGCUGAGCACCAACUGCCUGCUCUGCACCUGCCUGCACCCCAUUGGCGUGGGCUGCUGUGAGACCACCCAGCACCCGAUCGACUUCCCUGACUGGUGCGAGGCCCACUACGACUCACAGACCUGCCAGAUCUCGGUAGUGCAGAAGGCCAACCCCAGCCUGCCGUGCGUGAAGAGCGUGGAGCACGAGUGGGGCUCGGCCAGCACCCCCGAGCCGCUGGUGAACAAGCUGCUGGGUGCGGGGCUCAACAGAUAG